AUGCCUCUCAAGCGACAGCAAUAUGACCGCAUUGCUGCCGGGCAAUACACGAAGGCAAGGAAAAGCUUGCAGGAGGAGUUCGCCCGAGAGAAAGCCAGCCUUUCUCAGCUUUCAAAAGAGGUGAAAACACUUCAGCGAAAAGUUCAGAGACUGGAUGAUAAGGUAAACAAAUUAAGAAUGACUGCCUUCUGUUUGAAAUGAAAUUAAUACGACUAGAAUCCGCUCUCGCUACUGUAUGAUUUCCCUAACUUAUUAAAAAGUAUUCUUUGAAAUCUAUCGGUGAUUAUUUAGUCUAUAUGUUUCACUAUUUAGUCUUAUCAGCCCUUUAUUAAAACACAUCGACCUCAUUUUGUAACAUAAUCCAGUAAGAAAUUCUUCCAAGACAAUCACAAUACAAAUAGACGUGCAGGUGAGGAGAAAUCGGGUUUUGAUCUUGUAAACACUGUUACGUGUUAAGUUUUGUUGUUGAAGGCCAAGCGAACCAAAAUUGCCAAAUUCAAUAUGAAAAUGCACACUACUGCAUGCAAUUUAAUAUUUGGAAUAUAAUUAACAUAUCUAUAUACACAAACACAGAAUCUUUUAGCUCUGCAAGUUUUGACAGCAAUGUUUUUGAGACAUUUUAUUAACAGACGUAAGGUGUAAAAUGUGGAGAUUUCUAAGCUUCUGGAAUAUUUUCAGAAAAAAGGACUGACUGAGAGUUAACAAAAAGAAGUUCACAACCCAGAAGGUGAAAUAAAAAUAUAUUGUUAUGUCAUGUUUGUUUGAAAAUAAUAAUUAUAGGCAGGAACAAGAGAAGUCAGGGUAUUUCAUUAUGAUACGGGGUAAUUUCUCUUAGUUUUAUGCUGAGAUGAUAACUGAAACAUAAUGUGCAAUUGUGAAUAUAAUGUAGGGAUAUUUUCUGGAUUACAGUAUUAGAGGUGGCCAUCGUCUCAAGUGUAUGACACCAUUCUAUCUGACAAUACAGAAUUAGAAGCUAUGAAAAAACAACAGGGCAUAAUCGGUGGUCUCUUUUUCUGAACAGUGACUCAUGUACAUCCACCAACUAACACUGUCUCACCUGAGACAUUAGAGCGUAGAUGUAAAGAAACAUUUGAAGCUGCCAUGAAGAUUCAUGGAGGAACAAUUUCUAAUAAAAGACCUGCACUUGAUGGUCUCUACCACACCAUAUCUAAAAAGUGCAAAACCAGUGUUCUAGGUGAUUUUGUAUUAUCUAACAGUAGGGUUACAAAUUAUAUCAUCAAGCAAUGUAAAAAAAAUCAGUUGGCAGAAUUUGAAUGUUCAAAAGAUAAUGUAUCGCUUAGCAUAGCUACUUACUAUACAUCUGGGGUAAUGGGGAAAAGGAAAUACCAAGCGGUGAGGCUAACAUCAUCAAUGAAGUCCAGUGAUGCAAAGAGGGGGGGUAAAACAGCUAUCAAGUUUAUGCCAAACUGUCCCAUACCAAAACCUUUUACUUACAAUUCUCUUGUGAAUGAAAUAAAAAAGAUUGAUGUAGAAAAGGUCUAUUCCAUGGAAGAAGAAUUCUCUACAGACGUAGAUGAUGAAAAUAUUAUUGGGUGCUUUAGAGACUUAAGAGAGUAUUUGCCCUGA